AUGGUGUAUGGCAUCUACAAUGAACUCAUCACACAUGUGCCUGUGGGUCAUAAUGUAGUUUUCCAAGCGAAGUGUAUACUACCAAACAAUGAGAUAAAGGAGGUAACAGAUGAUCCAUCAGUGUAUGAGUUGUUUGGCUUGCAUAGUUGUGAUAUGAUAAAUAUAUAUGUGGAAGACAUUGUUCACAGCAAGUCUGCAACCGAUGAAUUUACAGUUAACCGGUUCCCUAGAAGUCUGGUUAAUGAUAGAGAUGGUGAACUUGAUGAUGAACCUAGUGGACAAUGUCAACAGGCUCUACAACCAUAUGGUGAUGGUCCUAGUCAGAGCAAGGGAAAAAUUGUUGUAUGUAGGGCUACUACUGAUGCUAAUAGUAGUGGAAGUGGAAGUGCUACUGCUUGUGCUAUAGCCACUGCUAGGGGAGGUAAAGAUACCAAGACCAUUGCAAGGUGUGUGAGAAUUGCUACUUCUAGUGGAAGAGCUAGUAGCAGAAGUGAAGCUACUGGUAAGAGACUGAGAGUGUCUAAUGAGGUUGUCAGGGCUAUUAGCAACAGCAAUGCGUGUUCGGAUGACUCUAUGGUUGGAUCUGAUGAAGAGUGGAAAAUUGGCAGCGAAGACAAGUGGGAUGAUGAAAGUGAAAAAGAAGAUGGUCAGAAUGACAGUGAAUCUACAGAGGAUGAUGGGUAUGGAAAAAAUGAUGAGGAUCCAAUUGAUGAUGACCUAUCUGGAUAUGAAUCUGAAGAGUAUUAUGGCAAAUUUGGUGAACAGAACUAUGUGGGUGAAGGUGGCAAGGUGAAGAUUGCUGAAGGUAAUGUAUAUGGAAAUGUGCACCAUUUCAGGGAAGCUUUGAGAGAGUAUAUACUACAAGAGGGGUUUGAUAUUAUCAGGCUGAAAAAUGAACAAACUAGAGUUACAGUUAUAUGCAGAGCACCAAAUUGUUCAUGGAGAUUACAUGCUUCACCAAUAUCAGAUGGUAUCACCUACAUGGUAAAGACAUAUAACCCAGUUCAUACAUGUAUUAAGGCAACCAAGAACAAGUCUGCUACAUCUAGAUGGAUAGCAAUGAAACUUCUUCAACAGCUGAAGGUUCAACCAGAAAUGAAAAUAGAGACCAUGGCUGAUCACAUGCAGAAAACAUACGGUCUUCAGUUCCACUAUACCAAGCUGUAUAGGGCACGCAGGAUUGCCCUAGAGAUUAAUGAAGGAAGCCAUUCCACAUCAUAUGCAAAAUUACCUGCUUAUGCUAGGUUGGUACUUCAGAAGGAUGUUGGGAGUAUUUUUAAGCUCCAGUUUGAGAACAGGAACCGUAUGUCAGAUAAUCCGAUUUUUAAAAGAUUGUUUGUCUGUUUUGAUGCUUGCAAGAAGGGUUUCUUAAGAGGAUGUAGACCGUUCAUUGGUCUUGAUGGCUGCCACCUCAAGGGCCGGUAUGGAGGGGUACUGUUGAGUGCAAUAUCUGUUGAUGGGAACAAUGGUAUUUUUCCUAUUGCAUAUGGUGUAGUUGAAGUUGAGUGUAAGGAUAGCUGGACGUGGUUUCUGGAUAAUUUACGAGAUGCUCUACUCGAUGACAGUGAUGAUAUGUCACUCACAUUCAUGUCAGACAGACAGAAGGGGCUGUCAGUUGUGAUUUCCACAAUCUUCCCUUAUGCUCACCAAAGAAUUUGCAGUAGGCAUCUAUAUCAAAACCUGAAGGCAAAGCACCCUGGUAUGCUAUUGAGACUACAUUUUUGGGCUGCCUCACAAGCUUCAACUGAACUUCAGUUUCAAAAGGAAAUGAAUAGCAUCAAGGAGAUUAAGGAAAAUGCAUACUUGUAUUUGAAUGAAACCACCUCGAGGAUGUGGUCAAGGCAUGCCUUUGAUGUAGGAGCAAGAAGUGACCAUAUAACGAACAAUAUGACUGAGUCAUUUAAUCACUGGAUUGGAGACUUAAGGAGCAAACCCAUUCUCACAUUGGUUGAUCACCUAAGGGUGAAAAUAAUGGGUAGGCUACAUAGAAGGUAUGAGAAGGCAACCAUGUGGGAGGGUAAAGUAACACCAAGGGUUAUGGUGAAGUUGAACAAGGUUCAGCAAGAAGCAAGGCAUUGCAGGUGUCAACCGGCAGGUGAAGGUCAAUUUGAGGUCUUAGAUAGAUUUGGAAACAGAUUUGUGGUUAAUUUGAACCAUUACAGAUGUGAUUGUAGAGUUUGGGAAAGCACUGGUAUACCUUGUCUCCAUGCUGCAGCUUCUAUAUCAUACAUAAGGGGAGAGUUGGUCAACUAUUGUGAUCCAUUUUUCAGUAUUGGAAAAUACUUGGAUACAUACAAAGAGAUGAUCCAUCCACUUCCAGAUUUGGCAGUGUUGAAGGAUGAUGCUCCUAAUGAGAGAGUACUACCACCAAAUCUGAAGAGGUUACCAGGUAGACCUCACAAAAUCAGGAAAAGAGAAGCAGGAGAAGCACUUCCUUCAGAUUUCAGGAAGAGAUCAUCAUCAAUUAGGUGUGACAUCUGCAAGAAGGAAGGACACAAUAGGAGGACAUGCCCGAGGGCUGGAGAUGCUAAGCAGGAUGGAUGUACUAGUAAAAAGAAGAAUAUAAAGGUAAAUGCAACUCACUUUAUUUAUUUAGUUGAAACUUGUUUAAUAAAUAUCUCAUGCUUAUUUGUUGUUGUGUAG